CACGGUGAAGACCGAUGUCAAGGGGAGCAAGCAUGGGAGGUGCCAUGUUCCGUGACAAUUCAUGCAAGGUGAGUCAAAAGCCUUGAUGGAUACCGGUGCCACGGACAACUUCCUUCUCAUCGAUGAUGCAGACCGGUUAGGUAUUGCUUAUGAGAAGGGGCAAGGGAGGCUCAAGACGAUCAACUCGGAGUCCAUCCCGAUCCAUGGAGUUGAUCACAAUGUGCUAGUGAAGCUUGGCGAGUGGGAAGGCCUCAUCAACUUUUCCGUCAUCACCAUGGACGAUCACCCAGUCAUCCUCGGCAUCAACUUCCUUGACAAGGAGGGAGUGCUCUUGAAGCCCAACUCCAACACGAUUUGCUUGGAUAAGGAAGGGGAGUUCCAUGCGGUCCAUCUCUAGAGAGAAGAUGGCCCCCAUAGUGCUAUAUCCUAUAUGCAGGUAUUGAAGGGGUACAAGAAGAAUGAACCAACCUUUCUUGUGUCCUUGAAGAUGGAGGAAGAAGGAGGCUCAAUGGGAAUCACAACUCCCAUCAUCGAAGUGUCCUCGAAGAGUUUGAUGACGUGAUGCCAUAAGAGUUUCCCAAAAAGCUGCCACCAAGAAGAGAGGUGGACCACAAGAUCGAGUUGGAGCCAGGAGCGAAGCUCCCUUCGCGAGCACCAUACCGCAUGGCGCCACCGGAGUUAAAAGAGUUGCAGAGGUAGCUCAAGGACUUGGUGGACGCAAGCUACAUGCGGCCAUCGAAGUCACCUUUUGGAGCACCGGUGCUGUUCCAAAAGAAGAAGGAAGGGUCGUUGCGCAUGUGCAUCGACUAUAGAGCCAUCAACAAGUUGACGGUGAAGAACAGGUGGCUGAUUCCCAACAUUGCUGACUUUUUCGACCAGCUUGGAGAGGCGAUGUGGUUCAUCAAGUGCUGAUAGCAGAGGGAGACGAGCCAAAGACGGCUUGUGUGACGAGGUAUGGCUCUUAUGAGUUUCUUAUGAUGCCAUUCGAUCUCACCAAUGCACCAGCCACGUUUUGCACUUUGAUGAAUCAAGUUUCGACCCAUUC